AUGAAUUCUCCUGGCGAUUCAAUAGAUGACAUAAUAAGUCUCUUAAAUAAACACUAUCAUCCAAAUAAUAGGAAAUCAGCUUCAUAAUAUUAAAGACACAAGCCAAGUAUUGGAAGUGCCAUGCUUCCCCAAAUAAAAUAAUAAUUAAAUGUGUUGAAUACCAUCCCGAACUCUUCUAGUAAUAAUUAGGAUAAAUUUAAAAGAAAGGCUACAAGUUUAAAUCGACAGCAACAACCGAAAACGUAAACCAAAGAUACUGGUUCCUUUGCGAUUCCGAUGAGCAGAUGCUUAACUUUUAAGCCAUAUUCAGGAAGCACUGAUAUAAUAAUUAAUGAUGUUGGUUAUUAUUACAAAUUCGGAAGCAGUCCAAUAAAAUUAGUAAAAGGAUUAUUGGAAGAGAAUGGUUUCAAAGAAAGUAAUGAUAAAAACUGGACUUUGUAUUGGUCAUCAUGUGCAAUAAAGUCAGAAGUCUAUACUAAUUUGUUUGCUUAUCAAAAAGUAUGUCACUUUCCAAAAUCAUAUGAAAUGACUCGCAAGGAUUUGAUGCACCGUAAUAUUUCGAAAAUGCAAAUAAAUCAUGGAUUUAUCAAUUUUAAUUUUAUCCCAAAGACAUACAUAUUGCCAGCCGAGAUGAGUUAUUUUUUAGAAGAACAUGAGAAAUUUAAAAAUAAUAAUCCUGUCUACAUAUGUAAACCACAUGCGAGUUCUCAAGGGAAAGGCAUAUUCAUUACUGAUAAGAUAUAAGAUAUAUUAAAUAAAUAGAAUUCCAAUAAUUCAUACGUUGUUUCGCAUUAUAUUGAUAAGCCACUCUUGAUAAACAAUCUAAAAUUCGAUAUGAGGAUAUAUGUAGCCAUAAGUUGUAUCAAUCCAUUGAGGAUCUAUGUGUAUUAAGAUGGAUUGGCAAGAUUUGCUACUGAGGCCUAUAAUCCUGAUUCCAUAAAGUAGAAUAGAUUUGUGCACUUGACUAAUUACUCAGUGAAUAAAGACUCACCUAAUUUUGUGGCAAAUUAGGAUCCGACCUUAGAUUAUGUAGGUAGUAAAUGGAGUUUAUUGGCAUUAAGAGAAUACUUAAAACUAAACAAGAUAAAUGAAUAAUAAAUAUUUGAGAGGAUUGAAGAUUUAAUAAUCAAGACAAUCAUUAGUGUUGAAAGUACUAUAUUUCAGACAUGUGAAAUGAAUGUGCCAUUUAGAUCGAAUUGUUUUUCCUUAUUUGGAUUUGAUGUAUUAGUUGAUUAACUCCUGAAACCUUGGCUAUUGGAAGUGAAUUUCUCACCUUCACUUAAUAUCGAUGCUCCAUUAGAUCUCAAAAUAAAAGGAGAAAUGUUGGCUGACCUAUUUACAUUAAUAGGAAUUGUACCAUUAGACUAAAGAUUUUCAUAAGAUUUAUCCUAUGCCAGAAAUCAAAACAACAAUGAUUUCAAGAAACAUUAACAGGAAUUCGAGAAAUACAUAAUCAAAGAAACAGAGGAGGAAUUGAAAAGAAGCAGAGGCUGGAAAAGGCUAUAUCCAUCAGAUUAAAGCUAUCGAUAUACUAAGUAUUUUGAAUCUGAUAGACCUUUAAAUGCGUUACUGAGGAAUUAUUAUAAAUGA